CCCUCAACCACGCCUCAGAACAGCUUCCUCUCCUUUCGCUGGACAGGGAACGGGUGAGUGUUUGGUUGUCGAGUUGCUGCUGAACGAAUGUUGAACCCCAAAAAGAAGUUCCGGAAGUGGACCGCUAUAUCUCCAGGUGACGAUCACCACCACAGAGAAGGAGGAAGUAGAUCUUCCUCAAUAGAAUUGUUGGCUCUAGGAUCCGAGACCACUCGAGAAUGGUCAACCUCCCUCUCAUCGGUAUGGAAACCGGUUUGGUACACGGGUUGGCAUACUGGCGUCUUAGGCUGUGCCGCUUCCGUUGUUCUAGUUCUUUUUAUAAACACCGGUUUAACGAUCUACGCUGCAACGAAUCCGGAGUACAAGAUGGAAGGGGGAGUUGGGACGUUGUAUUUGGGUAGUUGUGACAAGAGUAGGACGAUCGGGAUGUGGUUGCAUCUCGGGAUAAAUGCCCUUUCGACACUUCUGCUGUCCGGGAGUAACUACACGCAGCAGUGUCUCGCGGCACCGACGCGCAGCGAGGUUGAUGCAGCGCAUGCGAGGAGGCUAUGGAUGGACAUUGGAGUUCCGAGUGUUAGGAAUUUGUUCAGGAUUAAGUGGGAGAGGACGUUGUUGUGGAUUGCGAUUGGGGUUACGAGUAUUCCUCUGCAUUUGCUGUACAAUUCCGCAGUUUAUAAUUCGAUAGCGGCGAACGAUUAUGUAGUAACCCUCGUGACCGACAACUACAUUGAACAAGCGCCCCAAUCGAAUGCGACCGAGGCGCUUCUCGACUUCUACCAGGAGUUAUACAACAUCGAAAAUCGAACGACCAUGAAUUUUCCCAUGUAUGGGGGGGUGGCUGAGACGUUCAAUGGUGUGCUGGAGGGAUACAAUACCGGUGCCCAGGCGUACGAAGACUUGACACCCGGUGGCUGCACAAAACUUUAUAACACCGACUUUAUCUCCAGCCACAGAAACUUAUUCCUAAUCACUGGACAGGGUUCCAAUGUCACGAGCAAUAACACUAUUAUAAAUAUUAUGGAGGUCAGUGCCGAGGGGAUCUCGCCAAGUAGUUGGAUGUGCGAUUACGAAGAGGCGACUGAGGGGGGAUCUUACCUUCGGACAGGUCGCACCUGCAUCUCCAACAACCUAGUCUCGAAUGUGACGGGUGGGGCUCCAUGGCGGGUGCAACUCUCAACAGGGAGCGAAGUAGAGAUAAGCGGAUGCAAGAGCGAGAAGAUAUCCGAGCUGGAGAAGUGCAAGGUGCAGUUCUCCCUAGGAAUAAUGAUCGUCGUUAUCUGCUGUAAUUUUGUUAAGGCUGGUUGUAUGGUCAUGGCGGUGGUUAGAUCUCGAGAGCCGACUCUGGUUACGUUGGGUGAUGCCGUGGACUCCUUUUUGAGAAACCCAGACCCAACGACAGAAGGGAUAUGCUUUGCCGAUCGGCAGUUUGCAAAGCAGCAGUGGAGGCAUGGGGGGAGGACAGGGCCGAGGCAGUGGAAGCAAGAGGGGGUACAGAGGUGGUGGACUAGCGUUAGUAAGACGAGAUGGAUAACUUGUAAUUUUUUCUUCUUGAUAACCAUCAUGGUCUCGGGGGUGUUACUUCGAAUGGGGAUCCGCAAUGAUGGGAAGUACUUUGAUAUCGAUCUUAAAGGGUUUGGAAAAGUAAGCAGCGGCUCCAUUCUCAACAUCUACUUCGGAAAUAUAACCCAGGCAAUCCUCCUGGCUAACCUUCCACAAACAAUCCUAUCAUUCCUCUACUUAACCUACAAUUCCGUCUUCACCUGCAUGCUCUCGGGCCACGAAUGGUCCCUCUUCAGCCACCAUCACCGCACCCUCCGCGUCACAUCCCCGCGGCCAGGCCAGCGCUCCACAUACUGGCUUCAAAUACCUUACACCUACGCCAUCCCUCUAAUGACCCUGAGUGGCCUCCUCCACUGGCUGACCUCGCAGUCAAUAUUCCUUGCGAGGGUGGAGAUAUGGGACCCACUUGGGAGGGGGAUUGUAGGAACGAUAAGCACCGUGGGGUACUCCUGCAUUGCCAUAAUUUCCGUCCUCACGCUGGGAAUUAUCGCCCUGCUGAUUGCCGCCGGGAUGGGGUAUAGGCAAUUUUCCGCCGAGACUGCUACUGUUGGGAGUUGCUCUGUGGCGAUCUCGGCCGCUUGCCACGCCUGGGAGGAGCCGGAUGUGAUUAUCGGGAAGAAGGUUCGCUGGGGGGAUGUGGGAAUUGUGCAAGAUCUGGGGUUUAGACACUUGACGUUUUCGAGUGAGGAGGGGGUUGGGAAGCCGAUUUUUGGGGAGGUUUAUGCUGGGAAGAGAGAGGGGAGGAGUGAUAGUUUAUGACUUUGUUUUUAGAGAGGGUUUCUUUUCUUUCAUCUUACCAUAGAGGAAAAUCGGAUUUGGGAGGUUCGAACUAUAUAUAUUUCGCUUAGAUAUUCGAAGUAUGGGGAGAGUUGUGUUGUAUAUUGCUCUGGUGAAUAAUAUGGGCUUGGUGUGAA